GAAAUAGUAAUUGUCAGACAACCCCUCACGAGAGGCCUAUUCAGAUACUCCCUCUUUGCUCAUGUGUUCCAAGUUACUGCCAGGCAAGGGUAGACGAUAACAAACUACAAGAUUCUUAACGUUUUCUUGACUUUUAUAGAUCACCUAAAAUGUUAUCCAGGAACUUUCUGAAGAAAUAUUAGGAUACAUGAGACGUUUAUUUGUUUGAACUUAAUUCCGUGUUGAUAUUGAAGUAGAUGUUUGAUUGCUCUGGUCUACGGACGCAUCAUUUGCAGCCUUGGGAAUCUAAUUUUCUCUCCGCAACUCCCUAGUCCGCAACUCCCUUAUCUCUACACUACAACAAAGUAGUCUACUGUACUGUAGCCUACAAUUAUUCAUUCAAUACAAAGAAAUAAUAGCUUCCACAAUGGAUCGGGACAAAUCUAGACCGUUCCCCUUCCCCCUCCCAGAGUCCCCAGGUCGAUCGCCUCCCUGUACUUUACUGCUGGGUCUGGUUGACUGCAGGAAAACACCAGGGCAGAGUGGAACUGAGAGAGGAGAAGAGGAACAUGGAGAUGUGAUUUCAUUAAGUAAGAACCAUGGGGACAUCCCUAAUCGUUGCUCUCUCAGUGGGAGGGGCUUAUCAUCUGCGGAGCCUCAACAACAUCAUGAUGCUGACAAGAAAGAGAAGAGCCUCUCCAGAUCAGAACACCUCAAGAAACACCAUCAGAGACUUACAGGGAAGAAACCUCACUGCUGCUCUGACUGUGGGAAGAGUUUUGCUAAACAGAAGGAAUUGACGAUUCAUGAGCAUAUUCACAAUGGAGAGAAACCGUACCACUGCUCUCAGAGUGGUAAGAGUUUUGCUGCAUUUAAAAUCUUAAAAUCUAAUCAGAGAAUUCAUACAAGGGAGAAGACUUACACCUGCUUUGAUUGUGGGAAAUACUUUAGUCGAUCAGGAGACCUGACUGCACACCAACGCAUACACACAGGAGUGAAGCCUUAUAGCUGUGAUCAAUGUGGGAAGAGCUUUGCUGUAUCCGGAAACCUGACAACACACCAACGCAUACACACAGGAGAGAAGCCUUAUAGCUGUGAUCAAUGUGGGAAGAGCUUCAAUCAUUCAGGAGACCUGACUAAACACCAACGCAUACACACAGGAGAGAAAUCUUAUAGCUGUGAUCAAUGUGGGAAGAGCUUCCGUCAUUCAGGAUCCCUGACUACACACCAACGCAUACACACAGGAGAUAAGCCUUAUAGCUGUGAUCAGUGUGGUAAGAGCUUCAAUCAUCCAGGAUCCCUGACUAAACACCAACGCAUACACACAGGGGAGAAGCCUUAUAGCUGUGAUCAAUGUGGGAAGAGCUUUGCUGUAUCCGGAAACCUGACUACACACCAACGCAUACACACAGGAGAGAAGCCUUAUAGCUGUGAUCAAUGUGGGAAGAGCUUCAAUCAAUCAGGAGCACUGACUACACACCAGCGCAUACACACAGGAGAGAAGCCUUAUAGCUGUGAUCAAUGUGGGAAGAGCUUCAGUCAAUCAGGAGCACUGACUACACACCAAUGCAUACACACAGCACAUAAACCUUAUAGCUGUAAUCAGUGUAGGAAGUGCUUCAAUCAAUCAGGAGCCCUGACGACACACCAACGCAUACACACAGGAGAGAAGCCUUAUAGCUGUGAUCAGUGUGGGAAGAGCUUCCAUCAAUCAGGAGACCUGACUGCACACCAACGUAUACACACAGGAGAGAAACCUUAUAGCUGUGAUCAGUGUGGGAAGAGCUUCAAUCAUUCAGGAUCCCUGACUAAACACCAACGCAUACACACAGGAGAGAAACCUUAUAGCUGUGAUCAGUGUGGGAAGAGUUUCAAUCAUUCAGGAUCCCUGACUAAACACCAACGCAUACACACAGGAGAGAAGCCUUAUAGCUGUGAUCAGUGUGGGAAGAGUUUCAAUCAUUCAGGAUCCCUGACUAAACACCAACGCAUACACACAGGAGAGAAGCCUUAUAGCUGUGAUCAGUGUGGGAAGAGUUUUGCUCUAGAUUUCAAUCUGACAACACACCAGCGAAUACACACUGGAGAGAAACCUUACUCCUGUCUAUGUGGAAAGAGCUUUGCUCAUUCAGGGUCACUGAAAAACCACCAGAAAACACAAACAUGUCAUCUUUCAUCUCCCUCCUCUCCGACACCAGUUCCAGAUCCCUAAAUAAAGUUUACAUAGAAAACAUCUUGUAAAGAGUCAUCCAUCUCCCAUUCUCUAACAGUUACUAAGUGUGAUUACCAUGGUAACCUGUGUAGCAUAAUAUGCAUCUCUGGAUCCAUGUGUAUCAAGCGUCUUGGAGUAGGAGUGGUGUGUGGUGGGGAGUAGGAGUGUUCAGAGCUGUAUCUUAUUUCUAAAUCUCCUCUUGUCCAUUAAAUAACUUUAAUGUAGAAUGUU